GUCUUCUAUAAUAACGUUCCAACUUCCGGAUCCAACUACACAAAGAUCCUCUAAUCUAUGAGGUACUACUGUGUGGUGGUGGCGACGACGACGAAUCUGCCAUGGCCAUGGCACCACCGUCCUCUACUACACUCCUCACAAUCACAGUGGCUGCUGCAGCGGCCCCACCAACGCCAAAACUCCACAAUUCCACGGGCCUUCUUCAGUCGCACCGAUUUCGACGGCUUCGCUAAGCGUGCGGCAUCCGGUGAGCUUUGGAGAGACGCGUGGCGGAGCGCCAACGAUGGUUUUGAGCAGCUCCUCUUCGAGACCAAGAAGACGGCUGAGCGCAUCGACCGACAGUACUCCGUCUCGCGGCGGCUCUCGGCCGUGGCAGAGUCCGCAGCCGGCCGGGCCAGGGAGCUGGACCGCGACUUCGAGGUCACGCAGAGGUGGCGGACUUUUACUCUCGAUUUUAGUCGGAACUGGCCCAAAUACAGGAAGCAACUUAAUGACUUUUUGGAUUCUCCAUUAGGCAGAAUUUUGGCUACUAUAUUCUUCCUCUGGUUCGCUCUAUCAGGAUGGAUGUUUCGAUUCUUCAUAUUUGCAGUAUGGAUAUUGCCAUUUGCUGGCCCGCUUCUCAUUGGAACAAUCGCCAAUAAUUUUGUCAUCAAGGGGGCCUGUCCAGCUUGCAAGAAGCAGUUUGUGGGUUACAAGAACCAAGUAGUUCGUUGCACAGGCUGCAGAAAUAUUGUAUGGCAACCACAAGGGGAUUUCUUCUCAAGAGGUAGUAGAGGCAAUACUCAGAGAAAGUCAGAUCCAGAUAUAAUUGACGUUGAGUUUGAGGAGAAAUGAGUACAGAACCCCCCAAGCUACGCUUUAUGAAUUGUGUCGUGGAGAUUCAACAGGAGUUACAGGACACUGAGAAGACAGGCAAGAGUUAAAGAGAUACAAUAGCCACACUUGACUCAGUAUGUUUAUUGUUUUUGUGGGUAAUAGGUCUCCUCGAUCUGAAUUGAUUGCAAGAAUACUCAUUGGUGUUAAUCUGUAUGAUAUCUUGUUCUUUUUCAAAUUUGACAAACAAUAGAGGAAGAGGAUUUUUUUUUUUCCAAUUCAUUAUGUCCUACUUGUAUGUAAA